CUCCAACCUGGCUCCCACCCGGGGGCCCUGGUGCCACCUGCUCUGAGACGGGCGUAGCCAGCGGUUGUCUCCUAAGAGCCCCUGGAGAUCCCCGCCCUCCCCUGGAUUUCUGGGCCUGCGACGUGGUCAGUGAGACCAGGGUGCUUCGGUGGCUGUGGGCCAGCCCUGCCCGUUGCUGGACUUGUAUGUGCCGCUCGGACUCUGGGCUCUUUGGAGCUCUCGUUUACGUGGAAGUUUUGAGCCAUUUUGAAUCUUUUGAAGGAGAAGCCGCUGCUCGCAAUGAGCUCGCAAAGCCAUCCAGAUGGACUUUCUGGCCGAGACCAGCCGGUGGAGCUGCUCAACCCUGCCCGCGUGAACCACAUGCCCAGCACUGUGGACGUGGCCUCGGCCCUGCCUCUGCCGGUGGCCCCCCCGGGGGUGCCCAUGGACCUGCGCCUGGACCACCAGUUCCCGCUGCCCGUGGCGGAGCCGGGCCUCCGCGAGCAGCAGCUGCAGCAGGAGCUCCUGGCGCUCAAGCAGAAGCAGCAGCUGCAGAGACAGAUCCUCAUCGCCGAGUUCCAGAGACAGCACGAGCAGCUGUCGCGGCAGCACGAGGCCCAGCUACACGAGCACAUCAAGCACCAGCAGGAGCUGCUGGCCAUGAAGCACCAGCAGGAGCUGCUCGAGCACCAGCGGAAGCUGGAGAGGCACCGGCAGGAGCAGGAGCUGGAGAAGCAGCACCGGGAGCAGAAGCUGCAGCAGCUGAAGAACAAGGAGAAGGGCAAAGAGAGUGCCGUGGCCAGCACGGAAGUGAAGAUGAAGCUGCAGGAGUUUGUCCUCAAUAAAAAGAAGGCCCUGGCUCACCGGAACCUGAACCACUGCAUGUCCAGUGACCCUCGCUACUGGUACGGGAAGACGCAGCACAGCUCGCUGGACCAGAGCUCCCCGCCCCAGAGCGGGGCGUCGGCCUCCUACAACCACCCGGUCCUGGGCAUGUACGACGCCAAAGACGACUUCCCUCUCAGAAAGACAGCUUCUGAACCCAACCUGAAAUUACGCUCCAGGCUAAAGCAGAAAGUGGCUGAGAGACGGAGCAGCCCCCUGCUACGCAGGAAAGAUGGGCCAGUGGUCACAGCUCUGAAAAAGCGUCCCUUGGAUGUGACAGACUCAGCGUGCAGCAGUGCCCCGGGCUCCGCACCCAGCUCGCCCAACAACAGCUCCGGGAAUGUGAGCACGGAGAACGGGAUCGCGCCCGCCGUCCCCAGCAUCCCGGCCGAGACCAGCCUGGCUCACAGACUCGUGGCGCGAGAGGGCUCAGUGGGCCCACUGCCCCUCUACACGUCGCCGUCGCUGCCCAACAUCACGCUGGGGCUGCCCGCCACCGGCCCCUCUGCGGGGGCUGCCGGCCAGCAGGAGGCUGAGAGACUGGCCCUCCCCGCCCUGCAGCAGCGCAUCUCCCUCUUCCCCGGCACCCACCUUGCCCCCUACCUGGGCGCGGCGCCCCUGGAGCGGGACGCGGGGGCGGCCCCCAGCUCCCUCCUGCAGCACGUGGUCCUCCUGGAGCAGCCGCCUGCACAGACACCCCUUGUCACAGACCGCUACCUUGCAGGCCUGGGCGCGCUGCCCCUGCACGCGCAGCCCCUGGUGGGGGCGGAGCGCGUGGCGCCCUCGGUGCACAAGUUGCGGCAGCACCGCCCGCUGGGCCGCACGCAGUCGGCGCCGCUGCCCCAGAGCGCGCAGGCGCUGCAGCACCUGGUCAUCCAGCAGCAGCACCAGCAGUUCCUGGAGAAGCACAAACAGCACUUCCAGCAGCCCCAGCUGCACCUCAACAAGAUGAUCCCCAAACCCAGCGAGCCGGCCCGGCAGCCUGAGAGCCACCCCGAGGAGACGGAGGAGGAGCUGCGGGAGCACCAGGCGCUCCUGGAGGAGCCCUUCCUGGACCGGCUCCCGGGGCAGAAGGAGGCCCACGCGCUGGCCGGGGUGCAGGUGAAGCAGGAGCCCAUCGAGAGUGACGAUGAGGAGGCAGAGCCCCCACGGGAGGCAGAGCCCGGCCAGCGGCCGCCCACGGAGCAGGAGCUGCUCUUCAGACAGCAAGCCCUCCUCCUGGAGCAGCAGCGGAUCCACCAGCUGAGGAACUACCAGGCGUCCAUGGAGGCCGCCGGCAUCCCCGUGUCCUUCGGCGGGCACCGGCCCCUGUCCCGGGCGCAGUCCUCCCCCGCGUCCGCCACCUUCCCCAUGUCCGUGCAGGAGCCCCCAGCCAAGCCGAGGUUCACCACAGGCCUCGUGUACGACACGCUGAUGCUGAAGCACCAAUGCACCUGCGGGAACACCAACAGCCACCCGGAGCACGCCGGGCGUAUCCAGAGCAUCUGGUCACGGCUGCAAGAGACUGGCCUUCGAGGCAAAUGCGAGUGCAUCCGCGGACGCAAGGCCACGCUGGAGGAGCUACAGACAGUGCACUCGGAGACGCACGCCCUGCUCUAUGGCACGAACCCCCUCAACAGGCAGAAACUGGACAGUAAGAAACUUCUAGGCUCUCUAACGUCCGUGUUCGUCAGGCUGCCCUGCGGUGGUGUUGGGGUGGACAGUGACACCAUAUGGAACGAGGUGCACUCGUCGGGGGCCGCCCGCCUGGCCGUGGGCUGCGUGGUGGAGCUGGUCUUCAAGGUGGCCACAGGAGAGCUGAAGAACGGCUUUGCUGUGGUCCGCCCUCCAGGACACCACGCAGAGGAGAGCACACCCAUGGGGUUCUGCUACUUCAACUCCGUGGCCAUCGCUGCUAAGCUUCUCCAGCAAAGGCUGAGCGUGAGCAAGACCCUCGUGGUGGACUGGGUGAGUUGGGGGGCCCUGGGGCGCUGCCAGCUCGUCCUUACCCCGCUCCACACCCCCCAGCAGACAGAGAGGAGGCAGGCUUUCCCACCUCCGCUGACAACUGGAUUUUCGGACCUUCAGUUUCUGGAAACUCCCUCAAAGAUGCAGAAAGUGGGCACAGGCCCCGGCGUGGGCUUCAAUGUCAACAUGGCUUUCACUGGCGGCCUGGACCCCCCCAUGGGAGACGCAGAGUACCUAGCGGCCUUCAGGACCGUGGUCAUGCCGAUCGCCAGCGAGUUCGCCCCAGACGUGGUGCUCGUGUCCUCGGGUUUUGACGCCGUGGAGGGCCACCCCACGCCCCUCGGAGGCUACAACCUCUCCGCCAAGUGUUUCGGGUACCUGACGAAGCAGCUGAUGGGCCUGGCCGGUGGCCGGGUCGUCCUGGCGUUGGAGGGAGGCCACGAUCUCACAGCCAUCUGCGACGCCUCGGAAGCCUGCGUCUCUGCCCUGCUGGGGAACGAGCUCGAUCCUCUCCCAGAAAAGGUCUUACAGCAGAGACCCAACGCCAACGCCGUGCGGUCGAUGGAGAAAGUCAUUGAAAUCCACAGCCAGUACUGGCGCUCCCUGCAGAGGCUCGCCUCCACCACCGGCUACUCCCUGGUCGAGGCCCAGAAGUGUGAGAACGAGGAAGCCGAGACUGUUACUGCCAUGGCCUCGCUGUCUGUGGCCGUGAAGGCCCCCGAGAAGAGCCCCGACGAGGAGCCUAUGGAAGAGGAGCCGCCCCUGUAGCCGCUCCCGCGAGCGCGGGUCUCCUGUUUGUCUGUCUCCGUCUUGAAGCUCCGCCGAGAAAAGUUGCUGCCGCCCUGCG